AACAGAAAGCUUUCUUAGAUAGCUUUUGCCAGAGUUGUAUAAUUGCUAAUGUUUAAUAUUUUGUUGUUUGCAGUGUAGAUAUAGCUUCAUCCAAGACUGAUGAGAAAAACAGCCAAGUCGAUCAUUGCCAGUACAGGAAUAAUAAAUUUACCGAAAUAAUUAUGAGUACUGACAAGGAGACAGAAACUGACACAGCUGUGGCUACACCAACGUCAACUGCAAAGGUUUUGACCAUUGGAGAACCGAAGGAAGUUUUCAAAUAUAAAAGCCCUGCACCGAAAUUAAACGCGAUAAAUUUGUAUAGCUACUGCGCAAAUCACUUCCGUUUAGUUCUAUUGGGAAGUCCAACGCCCAUCGAAGGUGCCGAUGGUCUGUGUCCAAUCGAAUGGUUUGGCAUGGAAACCAUCAGCAAACAGAAUCAGCCCACUUGCUAUCAGUUUCACUGCUUCCCAUCACAGAAAACAAAGCCUAAGCAUGUUAAUAUUUAUUACUUUUACCAGACAAUUAAUGCAAAUGCAAUUUUGCGCGAUGUUAGGCUGUUUCUGAAGGAUGAACAUUGGAGAUCCAAGAAUGUUUUAAUGGGGCCACUCAAGGGAAAACUAAAUCCUUCUGACGGUAGACCGGAGCAAAGUUAUAUUGAAAGAGCUAUUUCCAAAGCCUUCGAUAUUGAAAGGGCGAAGGUAUUUCCGUACAUGAUUUACUUACACAGAGAAUAUGUACAAAAUAAAAAUAACUAAGUUA